AUGGCCGCGGCCCCGCCGCCCUCUACGACGCGGCCUCCGCCGCCUGCAGACGCCGCGGCCUCCGCCGCCUGCUCAGCCGCGACCCCGCCGCCCGCCACGACGCGGCCUCCGCCGCCUGCUCAGCCGCGGCCCCGCCGCCCUCUACGACGCGGCCUCUGCCGCCUGCUCAGCCGCGGCCCUGCCGCCUCCUACGACGCGGCCCCCGCAGCCUGCUCAGCUGCGGGUGCUUCCAGCGGCCCUCCGCUACAUCCUGACGGCCCGCCGCUGCACCCUGCGGCCCCGCCACUGCACCUGUCCCGGCUCCGCCACUGCACCCUGACGGCCCCGCCGUCCCCUGUCUCGGCCCCACCGCUGCACCCUGACGGCCCCGCCGUCCCUUGUCCCGGCCCCGCCACUACACUGCAGCCGAGCCGCCCAGCAGCAGCCGAGCCGCCCAACAGCAGCCGAGCCGCCCAGCAGCAGCCGAGCCGCCCAGCAGCAGCCGAACCGCCCAGCAGCAGCCGAGCCGCCCAGCAGCAGCCGAGCCGCCCGGUACCUGAGCCGCCCGAGCCGCCCGAGCCGCCCGAGUCGCCCGAGCCGCCCGAGCCGCCCGAGCCGCCCGAGCAGCCCGAGCCGCCUGCUGCUGACCUACCCGACUCUCCCAUCCCGGUGAGACUUUCAGCUGCUGCCAUGGCCACCCCCAAUGUUCUCACUUUUGACGCUGAGGGGAGGGCCAUUGACUUUGCCGUCUGGAUCGAGGACCUGCAGCUGUACUUACUGUGUGAUGCGGUAGAUGAGGUCUCUCUCUUUGACUUUGUCUCUGGCGCUGUCCCUGCCCCGCCUGCUGAUGCUGACUCUGCCGUUCGCUCCAAGUGGGCGACCCGCGAUGCUGCUGCACGUCUUGCUGUGCGUCGCCACCUCCCUUCCUCUGAGCGUGCCCACUUUAGUCAGUGCAAGACCGCUCAGGCCUUGUACGACGCUGUAGUUGCGCGCUACUCCUCCCCUUCCUCCGCUACCCUUAGCCGCCUCAUGCUACCGUUUCUCUUCCCUGACCUCGCUUCCUUUCCCACUGUCGCUGACCUCGUUACCCACCUCCGCGCUAGUGACACCCGCUACCGCGCUGCCCUUCCUGCUGAGUUCCGCGCUGCGAACCCUCCUCCCAUGUACAUCACUCUCUACUUUCUCGUCACCCGUCUCCCUGAGUCCCUUCGUGUCGUUAGGGACCAGUUUCUCUCUGUCUGUCCCACCACUCUCACUGGGUGUGGUCCCUCCCCCCUGCUGCCCUCUGUCGCCUCUGCCGCUGCGGCCGACCUCGUUGGUUUUGAGUCGGUCGGCGCGGCGUCUGCCCCCAGUGGCAGACGCCGCACUGGCAAGGGCAAGGGGGGCAAGGGAGCGGGUGGAGCCAGAGGGGGCGGUGGAGGAGGCGGUGGGGGUGGAGGGGGGAGUGGGGGUGGCGGGGGGGGUGGUGGCGGGAGUGGAGGUAGUAGUGGCGGCGGUGGAGGCGGAGGUGGCGGCGGAGGUGGUAGCGGAGGAGGCGGUGGGAGCGGUGGGAGCGACGGUCCUGGUGGGGGAGGUGGCGGUGGCGACGGGGGUGGCGGUGGAGGCGGGGGUGGCGGUGGAGGAGGGGGUCGGAGUGGCUCGUCCCAGCGGAGCAGCUCUGGGGGUGGUCAGCGCCAGCAGCAGCAGCAGCAGCAGCCGCAGCAGCAGCCGCAGCAGCAGUAG